CACAUGCCGGUCACUGUCAUUUAUAAGGCGCGACAGCAUUGUCGACGAACCCAGAGUGCGGCUGGCUCCCCCUUCACUUCUUCACAAACGGCAUCUAACGACGCGUUAUGCACACUGCUUUGAUUUUCUUUCUUUUAUGUUUCCUCGUGACGAUCUCUGCCACGUCGGCUGCGCCGGUGGUACGCUACGACGACACGCGGAGCGCGUAUGAUGUGUCGACAAGUUUGGCUCUCAGGUAUACGACCGCGAGCCAUGCGCUCUAAGUUGGCCGCUUUGUUCCAGACUAGGCUACAAGGGACACAAAGUGCACCCCCGGCCUCAAGUACCAGGAAAGUGGCACACCCGCACCAAGAACAGAGCGCAGUGCAGUAUGUGCAGUGGGAAGGUCAUACGGGGCAAUUUAUGAAACUGGCAAGUGCCGGGGAUCGCGCAGUCUACUGGUUUGGACCGGGACCCGAGUUCGUUCCACCGGAAGGGGAACUGAUCAUGGUGAACCUGACUAAAGAGGAGCAGUCGGAGCUGAGGUCAAGGAAGGCCUGGUACAAUUCCAAUCAGUCCCGAACCCGAAUAACCCCAAGGAGGACUUGGUUCUACGGCCCGAACUACGAAGGUUUUCGGCAAUGUCUCGAUCUCACUCUCGAGCAGGAGUCAGCAGCAACAUCACAGGCGCGUCGGCAGGCAAACGGCCGUCACGCCAGUAGGGGGGAACUAGCGGUAGACGGGUGAAGAUGAUGACGGCCUUCGAAAAGGUAUACAAGUUGUCUAAGGUACUCUACGGCACUGCAUGGGCGGAGAAGGUAAUGAAUAGUACGAGAA